CAACUCCUUACAUUUCCCUUCUUAUUCUUCCAACUAUAAUAUCUCAACCACCACUCUCUUUCUCUCUCUACUUUCCAUUUUUCCCUUUCAUUUUCUCUCUCUUAACUCAAAAAUGGCCGCCGAUGAGCCCAACAAAGUAGAGUCUCAAUCUCCAUCAGAGCGCCCUCCACUGCCUGCGGCGGACUCGAUGGAGGAGCGAACCAAAGACGUGGCGGAGGAGAAAUCAAUUAUCCCAUUAACCCCACCGGAGGUGAAGCCGGCCGAUGACUCCAAAGCUCUGGCAACCAUUGAAAGUUUUGGAAUGAUAGAGACUCAUGAAAAAGCAGAGGAGAAAGAGAAAGACAGUGAAGGCUCAAUUAAUAGAGAUGCUGUACUUGCAAGAGUUGCAACAGAGAAGAGAUUGUCACUCAUCAAAGCUUGGGAAGAGAGUGAAAAAUCUAAGGCAGAGAAUAGAGCCCACAAAAAGCUAUCAGCAAUUGGAUCAUGGGAGAACAGCAAUAAAGCAGCUGUGGAGGCUGAACUGAAACAGAUUGAGGAAAAAUUGGAGAAGAAGAAAGCAGAGUAUAUAGAGAAAAUGAAGAACAAAAUAGCUUUGAUUCACAAAUCAGCAGAAGAAAAGAAGGCUGAUAUUGAAGCCAAGCGUGGAGAAGAAAAGAUUAAGGCAGAGGAAAUUGCAGCCAAAUACAGAUCCACUGGAACUGCUCCCAAGAAGAUCCUUGGUUGUUUCUAAUUUAAACAAUUAUAUGCGAAUUUCCUUCAUUUAUUUCUUCAUUCUGAUGGGAGUUUCUUUGUAUUAUUGUUUCUUUUAUAUAUUCUUUAUUUAUAAUUAAUAUAUUAUAUAAAUUGAUAAUUGAACUUCUUUCUUAA